CGAAUGCCACUUCCUCUUAUGAGUCAACUUCUACAUGAGAUUGAAGCUGAAGGAGGAAGAAAACAUUGUGAUUGUGAUACUUCCACAUGCUCGGUUUUACUGACUAUUGACACCUGCCUUUCCUUCUCACUUUCUCCAUCACUGUGAUAUCUUAAUAUUUGAUUUUGUAUUUUUGAUAGUAUUUUUAGAACAAUUUCAUAAAAAGUGAAUUUACUGUACCUUGAAUAAAUAGUAUGAAUAUUAUUUCUUCAAAAUAAAUUUAACACAUUUCUCAAGGGCAGUUUUCAUUAAUAUAUAGAGCAUAUUUACACUCAAAAGCGCAGUGUGUUCUCUGGUUCUCCAGUAAGUGUCAUGAUUGUGCAAGUCCUGCAUGUAAUAAAAUGCACUACCAGAGGUGUCGCUAAUUGAAGAAGCACGGCAAAAUACAUUUUACGGUUAACGCAUGAACAUCCAAUCAAAAAGCAACAAACGUGGUACUUUCCAAUCAGAGGACAGGAUGUCCCUGGUCCGCAACACGCCGCUCUUUUCACAUACUUUACAUAUAAAACUCUAUGCCCUGAUUUUGGCCUGUAAGGUAGCACUUUCCUGCCUGAUAAAUACCUACACGUGAUCUACCUAUCUAAUUGUUGUAAAUGGGGAAAGAUUACGAGUACGAUGUGUCAAUCUGUACAAAACAUAGAGGGUUUGUGAGAUGUAUGACAAGAACUAAUGCCUGAAAUGCCAGACUCAGGGCAAUAAACAUGCCUUGAAAGCCCGCCAUUAAAAGUGUGGCGGAACCCAACGGCUUAUUCGUUUUGGGCAUGUUUUACCUAAUUUUUUAACACUCUUUGUAGAGGCUUGUGUUUGCAUUGAGAAUAAAAUUCAGAGACAUAAUUAUGUAUAAAGGUGUUAAAAGAUAGUUAAAUUUUUUGUAUAGCUAUCGUCUCAAACUGUAGGGCUUCUGUCUUUGUGCUUGUUAUUGCCUCUUCAGCUCUUCAUUAACCGCCAGCUAGUGUCAAUAAUAAUUUCCUCCACUGACUACGGAAAAUCCAGAGCUCAUGCGGUCUAACCAUAGACUGUCUAAAGACCCACACUCAAUAUGUCCGCCAGGAAGGUCCACAUUUGCUCAGUAGGAAUGCGGUAGGCGGGGCUGCUAGGGUAGUGUCAAACUUUGGGAAUGACAGGAGUGCUGCAGGAUUCGCAAAGAAAGGGAAGUGUCGCCCUUGCUGGUCCUGUUUGGAUUACUUUGACUUCUUUUUACGCACAGUCUUUGGAUUCGCCACCUUUCUACAGAUAGUACGGUCUCAGCAGAUUCCUCAGCCAUGUCGGAGGACCUGAGCUCCCAACCCUGGUCCAUCAACAAAGAUGAUUAUGAGCUACACGAGGUGAUUGGGAGUGGAGCCACAGCGGUGGUCCAAGCGGCAUACUGUUUACCACGGAAGGAGAAGGUGGCCAUUAAACGCAUCAACCUAGAAAAGUGCCAGACCAGUAUGGACGAACUCCUGAAAGAGAUUCAGGCCAUGAGCCAGUGCCACCACCCCAACAUCGUGUCAUACUACACCUCGUUUGUGGUAAAGGAUGAACUGUGGCUGGUCAUGAAGCUGCUCAGUGGCGGCUCCGUGCUGGACGUGAUCAAGCACAUCAUCUCACGAGGCGAACACAAGACAGGCGUCCUGGACGAGGCCAGCAUAGCCACUGUGUUGAAAGAUGUGCUUGAGGGCCUGGAGUACCUACACAAGAACGGACAGAUCCACAGAGAUCUUAAGGCUGGAAACAUUCUCCUUGGAGAUGAUGGCUCAGUGCAAAUUGCAGACUUUGGCGUCAGUGCCUUUCUAGCCACAGGUGGUGACAUCACUCGAAAUAAAGUACGCAAGACAUUUGUGGGAACGCCAUGCUGGAUGGCCCCAGAGGUCAUGGAGCAGGUGAGGGGUUAUGAUUUCAAAGCAGAUAUUUGGAGUUUUGGGAUCACAGCCAUCGAGCUUGCCACAGGAGCGGCACCUUAUCACAAAUACCCACCAAUGAAGGUGUUGAUGCUGACGCUGCAGAAUGACCCUCCAACCCUGGAGACUGGCAUCACAGACAAGGAGAUGGUGAAGAAAUAUGGCAAAUCCUUCAGGAAGAUGAUCUCGCUGUGUCUACAGAAGGACCCAGAGAAAAGGCCAACAUCCUUAGAGUUGUUGAAGCAUAAAUUUUUUCAAAAAGCAAAGAACCAUGAGUAUUUACAUGAGAAGUUACUUCAGAGGGCACCCACAAUAACUGAGAGGUCAAAAAAGGUACGUCGGGUGCCAGGUUCCAGUGGCCGGCUGCAUAAAACGGAGGAUGGGGAAUGGGAAUGGAGUGAUGAUGAGCUAGAUGAAGAAAGUGAAGAGGGCAAAGCGGCUGUUGCUGCCUUAAGGUCACCACGAGUGAAGGAGGGAUCCCAGAAUUCAGAGGUUUUCCAGACCCCUGAACCCGUAAGUAGUCAACUCCAGCCGAUGGCCGCAGGUCAGGCAGAACUACCUCAGGCUGCAGGCCAGGUUCCACUGCAGCCCACACCAGUCAACACUCAAUCCUCUGCCCAGGCUACAUCUCCCACGCCAGGCGUACCCGCUGCUGCUGCAGUUCCCAUACAGGCGCCAGCUGUGUCAGGAGAUGUUAAGGCUCCUAUUAGUUUGGUAUUAAGGUUAAGAAAUUCAAAGAAGGAGCUAAAUGACAUCCGCUUUGAAUUUAUGCCAGGGAGAGACACAGCAGAUGGUGUGUCCCAGGAGCUGGUCUCAGCAGGCCUGGUGGACGGGAGGGACUUAGUAAUAGUUGCUGCAAAUUUGCAUAAAAUAGUUGAUGAGCCUCAAGCCAAUAAAAAUGUCACUUUCAAAUUGGCUUCUGGAAUUGAGGGAUCUGAAAUACCAGAUGACGUCAAACUGAUGGGCUUUGCUCAGCUCAGCAUUAGUUAAACUGUUGUUCUACUUGGGACCGUGACUUGCCUAAAAAAUGUGAAAAUUUAAAAAAAAUAGUUUAAUGCAUUUUUUUUUCUAUGGCUGUAAAGAAACCACUACUGCCAAAGAAAACAAUACUGUUUUGUCACACAUUGGAUUAUACAACGCCGCCUUGUUGAAUUAGGUGGACGACUGAAGUAUCAGAACGUACAGUAUAAGAAUCACUCAAAAAAGUUUACAGUGUAUAUGUAGAAGGAUGGAAGUAUCUACAACAAACCGUUUUCAUUUCCUAUUCUGGUCUCCUUCAUUCUGUUAUUUUCUCUCUCUACUAUAUGAAGCAUUUGCACAAUCUGAACUAACACCCUUGAAUCCUGAUAAAUGUAACAAUGCCUUAUAUUCAUCAGAACUACUGAAUGCACGUUUUUGGGGGGGUCCCCAGUUACCAUAUGGAGCAUUAGGUUGUCUGAAAUGUACAAAUGUGGUUUCAGGUGCUGCUGUCAAACUUUUUACUUUAUUUUGAACAGAGGUAAGUUGCAGCUUACCAAGCAAACUAGAAUUAAAAUUUUGUACACAACCUGACUCAUGAUGAGCGCUGAUGCAGUGUGGCACAAACUUAAUGCCAAAUGACUUUUUCAGAAAGAUGUGAACACUACCAACAGUAAGCAAUCUUUAAAGCAUAAGUUUUAUUCUGUAUUUUUCUUAUCGUAAACAAACAUCAUAAAAAGACCAAAGCCAUUGAAGUGUUUGUCUGUCUCCCAAUACAUUCUGACUUCCCUAAUGUGACCUUCACUUCCAAGCCCAUUUGUUCCUAAGGAGGAUUCAAAUCUUUAAAAAUGGAUCACCAAUACAAAGUUUCAUGUUUUUUUUUUUUUUUUUUA